AUUCUGUACUCUCUUUAAUUUUCGAUUUUAGGAACACUGGCGGCCCGCAACUGCAGUCUCUAUCCUCCUCAACCGGAGCGUGCCAAAUCGGUGCAGUUCGCGGGUUCACCUCUCUAUCUCCCUCCGUUUCUCGAUGAGGAGUGAUCUGCUAGGGGUUUACUGAUUCGGGCCAAGAUUUUUCCGGUCUAAAUUCGACUGGUUGCUUCUUAUUGGGAGAAACUGUAGUGCAGGGCAUCGCUAGAUAUCCCCUUCUUGUUUUGAAAAUUUCUGAUAGUAGAUGGAUUUCUCGGAAAUGGAUUUGUUUGGUGAAGAAUCUGAACGCGAAAACGACGGAGGGGGGCAAAGCGGGUCAUCUUCACCAUCUUCAUCAUCGUCGUCAUCGUCCUCUUCUUCUGGUGAUAGAGAAUCCGGGAGUGGCGAGAGCAGCAGCGGCGAGGAGGCCGACCGCCGUGGCGGCAGCGGCAGUGGCAGCGGCGGUAGUGAGAGUGAGGGUGAGGACGAGCAGGACGGGGAUCGGGAUAGGGGGAGCCGAGGUGAUGAUGACGAUGAGGAGGAGGAGGAGGAAGAGGAAGAGGUGGAGGAGAAGGACCUAUUUGGCUCGGAUAAUGAGGAGUACUGUCGCACGAAGGCGACUAGCCCGUUCCAAGUGCCAACAUGUCCAGUAAUUCGGCAAACAAAAGGUCAAAAUAGAGGGGGUUUUGGUCGUGGCCACCGCCAGUCUGGCCACGCAAGCGAUGGUGUAUUGCCUUCACCUGUCCCUUGGCCUGGACACAUUCAACAACGGCAUAAUCGUGGUGGUUUUGGAUUUAUAGCAAAUGGGCGCUCCGAUGAACGCUUUAUUUCAGAUUUGAAGCUUCCUAAGAGUGAAGAGACUUUGUCUCGAAAGUGUGUUGCGUUUCAGGAGCCUUGUGAACUUGCAUGUUAUAGCCGAGAUGAAAGUGGAGAAGUCUACUUUGAUGAUCGACGCCUGAGAUUGUUCAGACAUGCCAUUUUUCGAGAAGUUGGAAUUGAUCUAAAUGCAGGCUUUGAAUCAUUUAUCAGUAAAAGAGAUCAGGAAUCUCAAGGAUUUGGCGAUCUCCUUGCCUGUAUAAGAGACAAGGGAAUUCAUCUUCAGAAUAUUCAUUUUGUAACUUUCAGAAAUAACCUUAACAAGAUACUAGGAACUAUUUAUAACAGAUAUGAGCCAUGGGAAAUGGGAGUGCACAAGAGGAAAGGAGUUGUAUACCUUGAUGUUCAUAAACUUCCUGAAAGGCCACAGAGUGAAAUAGACCGACGAAGAUGCUAUUGGGGAUAUUCAUUUGAAAGCAUUGCCACGCAGGACCCUAAAGGGGCUGAUUUUGAUGAGCCCCAGCCAGUGGACGCAAACGUUGAAUUCUGUUCUAUCAUUAAAACCAAAUUAGGUGCCCAUCGCAUUAUUAUGGGGGCUGAAAUGGACUGCUGUGAUGUCUCUGAAAGUGGAAAGAAGUAUUAUAUAGAGCUGAAGACAAAUCGGGAGUUGGACUUCCAUACUGAAGAGAGGUUCGAGAGGCAGAAACUGUUGAAAUUCUGGAUCCAAUCAUUCCUAGCUGGUGUACCUUUCAUUGUCAUUGGCUUCAGGGAUGAUGCUGGACAUCUUCUUCGUGUUGAGAGGCUUAGCACCAAGGAUAUCACUCAAAGGGUGAAGAUGAAAAACUAUUGGCAGGGAGGUGUCUGCUUGGCCUUUGCAGAUGAGGUGUUGUGCUGGUUGUAUGGAACCGUUAAAGAGAAUGAAGACUAUAUACUUCAGUUCUGCCAUCCAUUUACUCGGUUAGAGCUACUGCGAGCCCAUUCAUGCCCAUCUGUAGUCACUAAUCAUGCGGAACAGCUUUAGGUGUCUUGUGAAGCCAUAGUUUUGAAUGGAUAGUUUCACAGUGGGAUAUUUAUAACAAAUGAUUAUAGGGUUCAAGUAUUUGAUCCGUAUUUUGCAAUCAAGAUAGGUGUCAUACUUUCUGAAAAUACAAGUGAAAUUACAGAAUAUGUGCAGAGAACGUACAUGUGCUGUUGUAUGAUGAAAAUUGUAAUCUUCAUAUUUAUAGAAUAAUUGCUCUCCCAGGGAUACAGUAUCCUGGUUUUGCA